UAAUCUUCUAAUUCUAUACCUAUAAGACUAAUAACUGACAUUAAUAUUUAUGUCUACAGUUUAUCAUUGGACGCGCUCUUACCUCUUCGGUCAUCAUGGAAGAGUUCUUCAUAUCUCGUCGUCACUGUUCUAUCAGAUAUGAAAAUAACUGUUAUUUCGUAUCCGACUUACAGUCAUGCUCUGGUACUUUCCUAAAUUGUAAAAGACUUUCAAGUACGAGUAAUAUUACAGAAUUACGACAUGGAGAUCUUAUUGGCUUCGGUCAUAAAAGCAAGAUUACUAGAACAUUCAAAUUUACCUUAAACAAUAUCUCAAAAAAAAACAAAAAACCAAGAUUAUACAAUAAACAUGGUAUUGGAGUUCAUACUGAAGAAGAAAUGUUUGAAAAGAACAUAAAAGACCUUCAUGAGGUAAUAUUGAAUUUAAAAGUUGACCAUACAGUAUUACGUGAUAAAGUUAAAACUGAAUUAGUUGAAUUGCAAAAUAUGAUGAACGACAGCAUGAAAAUUAAAAGUAUACAAACUAAAAAAGGACAUGAUGUAAUUCAAAAAAUGACCAACGAAAUUCCUACACUAAAGGCGAAAUUAGAGAAUGAAUUAUAUGAUGUGGGUGCACCUGAAUUAUUGAAACAACAAAUCCAUUCUCAGUUCGAAAAUGAACUUCAAUGUUCAAUUUGCAGUAAAUUAUUGUGCAAGGCUACGGUUCUAAAUUGCGACCAUACCUUUUGUGAAAUGUGUAUUAUGAAAAGGAUGCAGAAAUUUAAAUCGUGUCCUGUUUGUAAAGCUAAAUUUAAAUUCACUUCCAAAUGUAUAACUUUGGACAAUUAUAUUAUCAUGAAUCAGAAUAUUACUGGUGGUGCUAAAAGAUCUGCUAAAGAUGUGCUUCCUUCAAUACCACCUGCCGUGGAAGUUAAGAAGAGACGACGACGACGAUGAACAAGGUACAAUAUAUGGUCGAAUAGGCCACUAAAAUUUAACACAUGCUUACUUUAUAAGAAAAGAACCAAUCCCAGUAUGUGAAACUUGCAAUGAUGUUAAAUUGCACCAAAUAUACGGAAGCCCACAAGAUCCUCAAAAACCCCAUCACACUUCAUCAAGCGUUCAAUAAAGACAAU